AUGUCGUCUGCCAAAGUUAGUCCUCCAAGAGUGAACGAUACGAAAGAUGACUUGGCAGAUUUGGCCGCCAGCCCCUGCACUCCGAUAGCCAUUGUCGGAAUUGGCUUUCGGGGCCCGGGAUAUGCCAAGAAUGUUGAAAAGCUAUGGGAGAUGGUUCACGAGGGCGCAGAGGCAUGGAGUCCGAUCCCAGCUAGCAGGUGGAAUAGCGAAGCAUUUUAUCACCCAGAUCAUAGCCGCCAUGGUACAAUCAACGUGGAAGGGGGACACUUUUUGGAAGAGGACGUAUCUGUCUUCGACGCCCCGUUCUUCAACAUGACAAGCGACGAGGCCGCGGCAAUGGACCCGCAGCAGCGACUGCUUCUGGAAGUAACAUAUGAAGGUCUUGAAAAUGCUGGUAUUCCUCUCAACCAAAUCAUGGGCACAAACACUUCCUGCUUUGUGGGCUCUUUUUCUGCAGAUUAUACAGAUCUUCUCCUUCGGGAUCCCGAGUGUGUGCCCAUGUACCAGUGCACGAACUCUGGACAGUCUCGUGCGAUGGCGGCAAAUAGGCUAUCAUAUUUCUUUGACUUGAAAGGGCCGAGCGUCACGGUAGACACGGCCUGCUCGGGCAGUCUGGUGGCACUUCAUUUAGCAUGCCAAAGUCUCCAGAGAGGUGAUGCAUCAACGGCAAUCGCGGCUGGGGUUAAUUUGAUCCUGAGUCAUGAAUUCAUGUCAACAAUGAGCAUGAUGAAAUUUCUUUCUUCCGAUGGACGAUGUCAUACUUUCGACGAAAAGGCUAAUGGGUACGCACGAGGAGAGGCAGCCGGCUGUCUCAUCCUUAAGCCCUUAGCCAAGGCGUUAGAAGAUCACAACACGAUUCGUGCCAUAAUACGGGGGACCGGGUCCAAUCAAGACGGACGCACUGCAGGGAUAACGCUGCCGAAUGGGGCAGCCCAAGAAAGCCUGAUCCGGAGCGUCUAUGCACGGGCUGGCCUAGAUUCCUCGGAAACAGAUUUCGUGGAGGCUCACGGCACAGGGACACUUGCCGGAGACCCCAUUGAGACAGGAGCGAUCGCUCGAGUCUUUGGCACUGGUCGUCCGCCUGAUAAUCCUGUGAGGAUUGGAUCCAUCAAAACCAACGUUGGGCACUUGGAAGGUGCUAGCGGAGUAGCCGGCGUCAUCAAGGCAGUGUUGAUGUUGGAGAACCGCAUGUUCCUACCAAAUCGGAAUUUUGAAAAGAUCAAUCCACGUAUACUGCUGGAGGAUUGGAAUAUCAAGAUUCAAUUGUGUCCUGAGCCUUGGAAUACCAGGGGACCCCAUCGCGUCUCUGUGAACAGUUUUGGAUAUGGCGGAAGUAAUGCUCAUGUCAUUCUCGAAGAUGCAUCAGGUUACCUGUCUGGCUGCGGACCUACAACCACUGACGGAAAUUCAUUGCCCGUCUGCAAAACUCAGCGCAACGGAAUAGCGACCGGCCCGUCUUUUUCUCGCAUAUUCAUGCUCUCUGGGUUUGACGAGAGGAGUUGUGCGGGACAAGUGGAAGCUCUCAAUAGAUAUAUUGUUGACAAGAAGUCCGAAGUCGACAAUGAGAAGUUCCUCGACGAUCUUGCGUUCUCGAUCAACGAACGGCGGUCUGUGUUUCCUUGGAAAGCAGCUGUUGUGGGAGAUACCGUAGCGGGAUUGGUAGCCUCACUUGCUAAGAAUGUCAAAGCCAGGAGCGCUGUUCGGAGGCCAGUCCUAGGCUUUGUCUUCACUGGGCAGGGUGCCCAAUGGGCGGGAAUGGGGAAGGAAAUGCUCCAAGCAUAUCCUGUCUUCAAACGGUCAGUUCUGGAAAUUGACGAAUUUUUGAAGGAUAUUGGAUCUCCUUUUACAAUGCAAGAGGAAAUCACGAAAUCCCCAAAGGACUCCAAUCUGAGCCACCCCACUCUGAGCCAGACGGUGUGCACAGGAGUGCAAAUCGCGCUGGUUGACUUAUUGGCCUCAUGGAGCAUACAUCCAGACUCCGUUACCGGCCAUUCCAGCGGGGAAAUUGCCGCUGCGUAUGCCGUUGGCGCACUAAGCAUGAAGGACGCGAUGUCAGUGGCCUACUAUCGAGGCGUUGUGGCAGGCCAGCUUUUGGAUGCCAACCAGACCAAAGGUGCCAUGAUGGCGGUUGGGAUGUCGCCCGAAGAGAUUCAGCCGUACUUGGACCGCUUUCCUUCCAAGCAGCUGGUGGUAGCUUGUGUCAACAGUCCAUCGAGUGUGACAAUCUCAGGUGAUGUGACUGCGAUUGAUGUACUGGCGGAGACGUUGAAGGACAAACCCAUAUUCAGCCGACGUCUGGAAGUAGGGGUGGCCUACCACUCUCCUCAUAUAGAGCAGGUUGCCGAACAAUACCUCAGCUUAGUAGACCACAUCCAGCCCCAAAGGUCGGAGCAGGUUCCUUCCGAAGAGAAGAAAGAGCGCCCGACAGGAUCGUUCUUUUCCUCGGUCACUGGAACAAAGGUUCCACCAGAUGAGCUGGAUGCUCCGUACUGGGUCUCAAACUUGGUAGGUCAGGUGAAAUUCGCCGAAUCGUUGAGGAUGUUGUGUUUUGAGACACAGAGUCAGCGUGCUGGGUAUGCAAGGUCGACCAGAAGCAAAAGGACAGGAGUAGCCCAAAAGCCUUCCGUGGAUUGUCUUAUCGAAAUUGGACCCCAUUCAGCGCUUGCUGGGCCUAUCAAGCAGAUUCUGAAGGCUGACGCGAAGCUCAAUUCCGCCGAUAUAACAUACCUGAGCAUUUUGACUCGAAAUUCGAAUGCAGUGACUUCAGCGCUUGGCGCAGUGGCUACACUCGCCGCAAUGAAUUAUCCCAUUGAUUUCGGCGCAAUAAACAGGCCCAAGGGGAUCAAAACAACCCGCACGCCACAGCUACUCGUCGAUUUACCAACGUACCCUUGGAAUCACACCAGGUCGUACUGGGCAGAGCCACGAUUGAGCAAAAUGUAUAGAAAUCGAAGCUCUCCACGCAUUGAUCUACUUGGUGCACCAGAAAACAUGGCAUGCCCCUUUGAGCCUCGUUGGAGGAAUUAUCUUCGAACUUCAGAGCUUCCUUGGCUCCUCGACCACAAGAUCCAGGGAAACAUUGUUUUCCCUGCCGCGGGAUACCUCGCCAUUGCUAUUGAAGCAUCGGCCCAGUUGAAUAGGAACGAUGAGGGAAUCGCAAGAUUCAUUUUACAAGACGUGGCGAUACAAUCUGCCCUUGUACUCAGUGAAACGUCCGCCGUCGAGCUCAUGGUAUCUUUGCAAAAGUCCACGCAACACCAAGAGCACUUCUACCAGUUUCACAUAUACUCCAUAUCGGAAGGGAACAGAUGGAUUGAGCACUGCACCGGGUUCGUCGGUACACAGCAACGCAUCGGCGUUUCGGCCAAUGGGCCAGAAGAGACGGAGGAUUAUGCGAUGGUCCCGUUGGGUACUGAAGUCCAUGGGAUAUCGGUGAUCGACAUUCACAAGUUUUAUGAGAAGCUUGGAAGACUUGGGCUGGAAUAUGGACCAUGUUUUGCGAAUGUGACAACAGCACGUGUCACACCGGAUGGAACAUGCUUUGCAGAGGUCACUAUUCCGGACACCAUAUCCGUGAUGCCUGCAUCAUUUCAGCAUAAACUCGUGGUCCACCCUUGCACCCUGGAUAGCAUAUUCCAUACCAUUUUCCCGGCUCUGCCUCCAGGAAUGGGAGUUGAGGAAGGUCCUGCAAUACCUGUCUUCAUCGAAGAAAUGGUUGUCUCGUCUGGUCUAAGCUGCCAGGCAGGAGAGCUGAUGAGCAUUUGUACUCACGUACGACCUGCAGCACGAAAGGAUGUGACUGCAAGCAUAAUGGUGGUCAGUUGCAACGAUACCCAGUUCGAAAGUGAGCCCAGCAUCUCAAUUCGGGGCCUCCGAUGUGCGCGACUUGAACACCAUGAAAUGGCGUCGAAUACAAAGGACAGGCACGUCAUUUAUAAGCUUGACUGGAAGGCCGACCCCGGCUUUAUUUCCAGCAAUACUGCGUCAUUCUUGUUCGACGAGCAAAUCAAGAUCCAGCAGCAGCCGGUACCCCGACCGGGGUACGAGGAGAGUGCACUCGGUUUCAUCAGAGCCGCACUGGAUGAGGUCAGCACCAAAGAGGCAAUGGGACUUGACAUUUCUCACCGCAGGUUCCGCUGUUAUCUCCAGGAUGUUCUUGAGAGAUGCGAUGCGACAAGUUCGGCAUCAACAUCAGACUUGGAGAACAUUGAUCGCACCCCGGUGGGAGGACUACUGAAUGCCAUCGGCCAGAACCUUUCGGCAAUUAUCCGAAAUCAGGUGGAUUUCUCAACCGUCAUCAAAGACGAUCGCCUCUUGGAUGAGUUCUGGGAUAUCUUUUCUGCAGACACUUCAUACCAAGCAGCGGCAAGAUAUAUAAACCUGAUCGGCCACAAAAAGCCAGAUAUAUCCAUUCUCGAAUUUGGCGUCGGAACUGGUCAGGUAGCGGAAAUAUUGCUGAAGCAUCUUGUGACCUUCAAUGAAACGCCCCAUUGUGGCAAGUAUACGUUCGCCCAUGAAAGCGCCUCUGUACUUGAGCAUACUGCGAAGCGGCUGGAGGCGUGGUCAGAAUGGGUUGAUUGCAAGCCCCUGGAUCUUGGCAAGAAUUUCCCUUCACAGGGAUUCGAGAAAAACUCAUACGACGUCAUAGUACUCCCCCAUGGAUUGUGCACAGCACGCUGUGAGCAAAAUGCGCUUAGCAAAAUUCAUGGUCUACUGAAGCCAUCCGGCUACUUGAUUGCAGUCAACCCUUUCGACCCGAAGAAGAAUGUGCUGAAAAAUCUCCUGUUCAGUGCUCUGCACUGCUUGUCCGCGGAUGGGUUCUGUUUGGGCCAAGGUAAUUGGACCGAGGGUCAAUGGGAUGAGAUCCUGCGAGAUGCACAAUUCACCGAAAUUGACGCCUUCGUGGAGGAAGGCUCCGAAAAGAGCCAUCAGUUCAUCGUGGCCAAAAGCCGAGAACUCGGAAUGUUGACAGGGAAGAUCUCUAUCGUAUGCGAAGAGGGAGCCAGAAUCAGCACUCAUCUCGUCACUGAGCUCAAGAAGACUGCAUGUGAGGUGCAUGUGACACUCAAUAGUGUGGAGUGCAAGGAUCAUAUUUGCGUGGUCUUGGAUACUUCAAAAACCUCCCAGCUGGCCGCCCCAGAUGAGACGCGAUUCCGCACAAUCAAGAACAUGUUCAUGCAUAGUGCUGGGGUUCUAUGGGUAACACGAGGAGGAACAAUUGAACCAGUCAAUCCGGCAGCUGGGUUAGCUGUUGGAUUUGCAAGAACAGCGCGCGCCGAGUCAGGUGUCAACCCGAUUGUCACACUUGAUCUGGAUGCUAAACAUCCUCUUUCGGAUUCUGAGGCCGCUGAGAUGAUUGCACAUUUCCUCGCCACUCGAUUCCUCCAUGGAUAUCCAGAUGAAGACACGGAAUAUGCGGAGCGGAGGGGGAAGAUCUUCAUUCCACGAGUCCUAGAAGACCUGCCAGCAAACACUCUCAUGGAUAGCAUCCUUGAUACUGAAGUUGUGUCCAAGCAGCCAUUCCACAGCCUUGAACAACCCCUUCGGCUCUCGAGGAAAUUCGGUAACCCCGGUUUCGUCAGUGACUCACAGGUGUCAGAGCUCCCAGCAGGCUAUAUCGGGAUCAAAAUACACUGUUUUGGCCUGCAUGGAUGGGAAAUGCAGGCCGACCAGCUUGACUGGGAUACAGACGACACUCUUGGUCUUGAGUGCAGUGGAGUGGUGUACGAGGUUGGCGCUGGGGUUCACGACAUCAGCAUAGGCGACCGAGUCGCGUGUCUAGGAACUGGCACCGCAAGAAGCUUCUAUCACGAUCAUGCAUCGGCCUUCCGACGAAUCGAUGACACAAUGUCAUUGGAACUGGCUUCGGCUAUACCUGUAGCAUAUACGGUAGCCUAUUAUGUUGUGACUCACCUGUCACUCAUAGCACUCAAUGAGGCAGUCCUCGUCCAUGACGCCGGCAGUCAUUUUGGCCAGGCAAUUGUGGAAAUUGUCUCGCUUGGCGAAGCUCAGCUUUUCGCAACAGUGCAAAACGUCCGUCAAAAGGAGUCGCUGAUAUCGAGAUUUGGAAUGACGGGGGAACACGUCUUCGUGGAGGGGAAGGACGAUGUUGUCAAGGGUAUCGCACGAUUGACGGAUGGCAAAAAAGCGAACGCUGUAAUCGCAUUCGAGACUGGAGAUGACCGGAUACUCCAGAGCUGCACAGCUCAAUUCGGACGAUUCAUUCAACUCCGAACCACAGCCUUCAAAUCUCCAGGGCUGUGCUGCCCUCAAAAUAUGUCGAUAUCCACUUUCAAUAUCCUCGAGCUCUUGAAAGAGAAGAGUCAUCUAGCUAACCAGAUAUGGCCGAUUGUUUCCCGGUUGUUCCAGGAACGACGGCUCAAAGGGCCUAUCUCUAGCGAUGUUUACGACAUCUCACGUGUUCAAGAGGCAGUGGAGGCACUUCCAACCCUGCAACAUGUGGUGGUUUUGGCGCAGGCCAACGAUCUGGUUGAUGCCAACCUCCCCAAAGCGACCCAGCCAUUGUUCCGCGCAGAUGGUUCCUAUAUGUUGGUCGGAGGACUUGGCGGAAUUGGAAGAGAAGUAGCAUUGUGGAUGGCGCGCAACGGAGCAAAGAGCUUGAUCUUAGUCAAUCGAAGCAGUCUAUCAAGAGUUGAAUCACAGAUGACGGUGAAAGAACUCACGGAGAAAGGCGUCCGGGUCAUUGCUCGAGCAUGUGACAUUUGCGACGAGGAAGAAGUCGGACGAAUACUCGAUGAUGUUUCACAUUGUGCGCCUCCAAUAAGGGGACUAAUACAGGCAGCGAUGGUCCUCAAGGACCUCCACAUUGAACACAUGGAGUUGGACGACUAUCGGAAUGUCAUGGGCCCUAAGUACAACGGGACCUGGAACUUACACCGACAUUUGCCCAACAAUCUCGACUUUUUCCUCAUGUUAUCCUCUAUCAGCGGUGUUAUUGGAAACCCGACGCAAGCUGCCUAUGCGGCCGGAUGCGCUUUCAUGGACUCAUUCGCCGCGUAUAGACGCGGCUUAGGUCUUCCAGCCGUCUCCUUGGAUCUUGGGCCGAUCACGGAUGUUGGCUACCUAGCAGAGAACAAGGAGUUAGCAGCGAAGAUGGAACGACAAGGAUUCCAAGGAACAGAUACACCAACUCUUCUGUCGCUGAUCCAAGUCGCAAUCUCUCAGCCACCAAGCGCAGAAGCACAACUGAUCACUGGGCUCGGGCAAUGGAGAGAGUUUGAAUCACUGGGGAACUUUGAUGCGCCCAUGUUCUCUCAUUUCCGGUACCGAUUCCAGAGCCAUGGGAAAUCUGCUGGGCUCGGCGACUCGGCAGAAGAAUUGAAGAAUGAACUGGAUGCCGCGAAAAUGGUGGAUCAAGCGACGGUCAUCAUCUGCGACGCACUCACCAAGAAGAUUGCCUCUCAUCUCUCUAUUCCAGUCGAGAAUAUCAACCCUUCCAAUCCGGUAUCAGAAUAUGGAGUUGACUCUCAUGUGGCUGUGGAGUUGCGCAACUGGGUAUCAAAGUCGAUGGGUUGUACUGUUCCCAUUCUGGAGAUUCUGGCGAGGUCGAUGCUGGAGUUGUCUCAUAAAAUCGCUAGCCAGAGACUUGAUGCUAAGUCGGAGUGA